CAGUCAGAGGGGCCACUGAAUCAAGACCUCGGCAGCCAUCCCAAGAAAAGCAAAAGCCCCAGCUCCGCCACAUUCUUCAAUACCAAAAUCCCCAAAUUUCAUCAGAAAUCAAAUUAAAUUUCAAAUUCUGAAGCCUUCCCAAUUCUUUUUCUUCUUCCUCCUUCAACAAAAGGGCCAAUAAUGGCACUCUCAGCUAUUGUUUUGGCCACCAUCACCUCUCUUCAUCUCAUAGCCUUCGUCCUCGCCGUCGGCGCCGAGCGCCGCCGCAGCACCGCUAAGGUUGUACCAGAUGAGUACGAUGAAAAGACCUAUUGUUUGUACGGCACCGACGCAUCGACGGUGUACGGACUGUCGGCGUUCGGUUUACUUCUGAUAAGCCAAGCGGUGGUUAACGGCGUUACUAGAUGUUUCUGCUGUGGGAAAGGUUUAAUUAGUGGAAAAACCACCACUGUCGCCAUUUUCUUCUUUGUCUUUUCUUGGAUCAGCUUCGUGGGAGCAGAGAUCGCACUGUUGGCCGGAUCGGCGAGAAAUGCUUACCACACAAAGUACAGGGCGGCAUUUGGGGUUGAAGAAUUGUCGUGUACGACUCUCCGGAAGGGGGUGUUUGCCGGCGCCGCCGCCAUGACGGUGCUGUCGAUGGUGGGUUCAAUUUUGUAUUAUUGGAUGCAUUCGAAAGCUGAUACAGGGGGAUGGGAGAAGCAUCAGAAUGAAGGUGUGGGCAUGGCGGCGGGUGUUCAUGAUCUGAAACAAAAUGUUCAAUUUGAGAAGGCGUAGGGCUUAGAUUUGUUUGGUUUUUAGUUUUGGUUUUGUGAUUUCUGAGAUGAUUAUUGUUGUUAUUAUAAUGGGAAAGUGUUUGUAAAGCACUCGUAUCAAUCAUCAAUCAAGCUUUUGGCUUUUUUUUCU